CGUCAUCAGGGGAGCUCCAGUAAAGAAAAUGCUGCCGGACUGAACACUCGCUCUCCGGCCGCACGCACGGAUAGCUCUGCUCUCCCCGAUGGACGAAAAGGUAUCCUGAAGCGCACUGAAUCCGGCAAUACCUACGGCUAUUAAACCUGGACCAAACUGACUGGUGUUCGCUUCACAUUAAAAUGGGAGUAAACGGAAAACAUCUCCGUGUUUUAUCUCACACUUUAAAGCGAUAUCAUUUCACCGUCUGGCUCAUGUGUUCGUUCGUUUUGUCCGAUGAAGCUCAGUGUCCUUUCAACUGCACAUGUUUUAACAGAUCCGUGAUGUGUGAGGACUCUGAAGAGAUCAAACUACCUCUAGAAGUGCCUAGAAGGACACAAAUCCUGACUUUAAACAAUGUAAACAUUUCAGUAUUGAUAGAGAGAGCGUUUUCAGCCAACGGGACAAACGCGCACAGUCUCCACGAGCUGUCAUUGCGGGACAACAACAUACAAGUGAUUCAAAGUUGCGCGUUUUGUGGACUCCACAGACUCCAUUUGUUAGACUUGAGUCGCAAUCGUUUAGAGGAUGUGCAUCCUGAGGCUUUUUCUGAACUGAAUCAACUGCGUAAUCUUAAUCUCAGUAACACUUUAACUGCAGCUGGUGCGAAUCAGCUGUCGAGCGCACUGGACAGUUUGAACAGUCUCCAGAUACUGGACCUUUCUGGAAACCGUUUGAAGACUAUCCCUCUUUCUGGGUUUGGGAAAUUCAGUUUAACCACGCUCAACCUCACGCAUAAUUCAAUCACAACACUGGAUACUAAUGAGCUAACUAAAUUAAGCGAAUACAGGGAAAUGCGCGUUUACUUGUCGCACAACCCUUUCGAUUGUAGAUGUGACAGACUGAGGGAGUUUCACGAUUGGCUGAAGAACAGCUCACAGUGCGCAGACUCCAAAAACUUGAAAUGCGCGCAACCCAAAGUGCAGAAGGAUUUACGCGUGGAGAGCGUGGACUGUAAAAACGUGGGCUCUUUUGUUCUUCUUGGCAUUGUGCUGGCCCUUAUCGGCGUGGUGUUCCUCAUGGUGUUGUAUUUGAACAGGCGAGGCAUUAAAAGGUGGCUCAACAACAUUAGAGAGGCCUGCCGGGAUCAAAUGGAGGUGUAUCAUUACAGAUAUGAACAGGACUCCGAUCCAAGGUUGACAAACGUUGCUGUUUAAGCAGAAGAACCUGCUGAUGUAAUUUCCUUGAACUCUUCGCGAAGAUGCUGACAACCAGACUGCAGUUUUGUGGCAUUUACAGUGCUCAGCAUAGUUGAGUACACCCCAUUUUUAAAAUGAAUAUUUUAAUAUAUUUUAUUUCUCAGUGAAUAUAGG